AUGGGGGCCGGCCUCAGCCUCGUGCCGCUCAUCGACUACUUCGCCCGCCGCGAGUUCCUCGCCGCCGGCCUCCGCCCCCACUCCGUCACGCUCCCCUACCCCGACGGCGGCGACGGCGGGUCCUCGACCUGCACCGUGCACUACUGGGCGCCGGCGGGGGAGCCGCGGCUGCCGCCACUGCUGCUCAUCCACGGCUUCGGGCCUCGGGCCACCUGGCAGUGGCGCUGUCAGGUGGGGCCGCUGUCCCGCCAGUUCCACGUCAUCGUCCCGGACCUGCUCGGCUUCGGCGGCAGCUCCUGGGACUCGCCCUCGGCGCCGCCGCCGUCGGAGGCCACGCAGGCCGCGGCGCUCGUGGCGCUGCUGGACUCGGUGGAGGGGCUCAAAGGCAAGCGGGUGGCCGUGGCGGGCACGAGCUACGGCGGGUUCGUGGCCUACUGGCUGGCGCGCGCGGCGGGGCCCCGGAGGGUGGGACCCGUGGUGAUCGCGAGCUCCGACCUGCUCAAGACGGCGGCCGACGACCGCGCGUUCCUAAAGAGGGCCGGCGAGGGGUGGCGCGGCGCGCACGAGCUGCUCCUGCCGGCCGAGCCCGCCGCCAUGAGGAGGCUGAUGGAGAUGGCCGUGUACCGCCCGCCGCCGGCCAUGAUGACGCCGGACUUCGUCCUCCGGGACUUCAUCCAGAAACUGUUCAUGGACAACAGGGAGCAGCUCACCCAUCUUUUCAAGGGGAUCACAGUCGGCACCGACAAGUUCCAAGUCACACCAUUGUCUCAGGAAGUGUUGAUUGUGUGGGGAGAGCACGACCAGUUGUUCCCACUAGACAAGGCCUACGCAAUUCAGAGGUCAUUGGAUGGGAAAGCUAGAGUGGAGAUCAUCAAGAAAACGGGCCAUACUCCACAGCUCGAGGACCCGGCCCGGUUCAACAACAUCAUGCUCGACUUCUUGGUGGCUGCGGACAAGCCCGCAGAUCCUGCUCGCACCAAUGGCAGCUCGCUAUGA